AAAUGAUAUUCACUUUGAUAUAUUUUUCGAACAAAAAAAAUUGAGCCAUUUUUUACCAGUCUAUACCAUAUGGUAUUGACUGGUAUUGAAAUAAGAGCAUACCUAUGGUUUGAAAAGCGUACCAUGGUGGUAUGAACAAACCAAGACUGUAGGAUGGUUGAAUACAUGAUAGUAGAAAUAUAUUAACUGUCAUUUACGACUUUUAACAAUGUGUACCAUAAGAUACCACCUCGUACCAGGGCGGUAUUGUGUGGUAUUGUUUGGUCCUGUAAUUUGUUCACCCAGAAAUUUGUAGAUCCAAUAGAUCAUGAUGAACUCAUCUCUUCUGUGCGAACGUUUUCAAAAACGAAUUAAAAAAGAAGAAAAUACCAUAUGGUAUGCAGUUGGUACCGAGAGUUUUUUGUUCAAAAAAAAUAUUAAAAACUGAUCUCAUUUUGUAGAGCACGAUGAACUCGUUCCACCUGUGCAAAAAAAAAACUGAAAUCCGAGUUAAAACGAAGAUAUGAGCCGAUUAAGAAAACUAGGAAAAAUAAAAAUGAUCUUUAAUUCUCCAUUCUUACAUCUGAAUUUUCUAAAUGAAGAGCCGAGAUUUGAUUAUUGAUGGAUACAUAGUUAUGCACCAUAUUUUGAGCUAUCGACGGGCAAUCAACUCGGACAUAUAACUUGUUGGUGAUCAUCACCAAUGAAGUUUUCUCGUAGCGAGUGUGACAUAGGCUGUAAAUCAGCCGUCCCAAACCAAAUCAAAGAAAAAAAAAAAUCAAUCCUUUCAUUAUCUCUUCCCCCGCCCAUGUCGUCUUGGUUUAUUUUUUUCUUGAGAAUGUUUCUGUUUUUUAAACAAUGGAAUCCCCUUCCAGUUGCCAAAUGUUCAUCUACAGAGCCCCUCCAUAAUCCCGUCCACCUAAUCCCGAAGUCGUCCCAAAAAUGUCGUUUUGCUCGUCCCUUUCCCCAGAAUUGGCGCCCUCCGUUUACCCUUUUUCCCUUGCUUUCAAUUCUUCCAACAGUUCUUAAUCACACUAUUUAGACCCAGAAUUAUUCCAACCAGUUGCCGAAUCCAGGUUUCAUGACAACUGCACCAAGCCAAAAUAAACGAAGCUAGAGAAGAAGAAUCAUCACAGUCAUCAGAAGGAGAAGGAAUUCGUCGUCGUCUCUUAACUGUUCUCCAACGUAAUACAGUAGUACCCAACCCAUUCCAGCUUUUUCAAACCCAUCCCUUUUUCCUCCACGAGCAAACGUCCAAAAUAGGCCAUGGCAGAAGUGUGAAGCAGUCCGUUCCGUUCCCUCGUUAACCCCACGCUUUCCCUAUGUAGCAACAAUUUUCUUCCCCUUCCCUUCCCCUCCCCUCCCCACCACCUUCACAUUUUUUCCAAGCGCUGAUCCAAAGCUGUUUUUUCGGUUGUAGAAAGAGAGAAAAGGAAAGGAGGGUCCCUUGAAUUUCCACGUUCUUCCCCUGUCUCUCUCUGCUUGUUAUUCACUCUGUUUGGAGUUUUGACUGCAAAAGGGCAUCUGGGUUGGUCCUAAUUUGUGAAAUUUUGGGGAAGGACGUAAAUGGGUUCUGUUGGUUGAUUGUUGAAUUUUCUGGAAGUGAAGUUGGUUAGCGGGUAGAGAUGAGCGGGAGAGGGUCGUCGUCCGGUGGUUCUCCGGCGGAUUUCGGGCUGGGGAAAGUGGUGGUUGUGGCUGUUAAAGCUGCUCCCAAGGAGAUUCCGACGCGUGCUCUGGUUUGGGCGCUUACUCAUGUUAUUCAGCCUGGGGAUUGUAUCAGGCUUCUGGUUAUCCUCCCACUUCACUCCCCAGUUAAAAGGGUUUGGGGUUUCUCAAGAUUCACCGGCGGCGAUUGUUCUGCUGGUCACAAGAAGCUCUCGUUCUCGGCCUCCAUGUUGAACCAGAGAGAUGAGGUUUCAGAGCUUUGCUCCCAAAUGAUGAAUCGACUUCGUGAUGCCUAUGACAUUGAUAAGAUAAGAUUCAGGGUGAAGGUUGUUUCUGACUCAACAACUGGAGUGGUGGCUGCAGAAGCAAAAAAUUCAGAGUCAAACUGGGUGAUUUUGGACAAACAUUUGAAACACGAGAAGAAAUGCUGCUUGGAGAAGCUAGAUUGCAAUCUUGUGGUGAUGAAAAAGUCACGUCCAAAAGUGCUUCGAUUGAAAGUAAACGGAUCGCUCAAGCUGGAACCUGAAGUUGUUUCCUUCCCAUGGCCACUACAACCAGUUGGUGUCAUCGAUGAACCGCCUCCUCGAACCUACUUCGACAGCAAAGAUUACAAUGAUACGUUAAGGGGACCAUUUGUGACUCCAGCUAGCUCUCCCGAGCAUGAGUUCUCGAUGACUACAACAGAUAUUGGUACAGGCAGCUCGUCCAGAUCGAGUUCAGAACCAGGAGCUUCACCAUUUCUUAUGCGUGCCAAUUUCAGCAACUUGAAGAACAACCCUUCCUUUGUAGCCCAAAGCCAAUACGAUUCUGACUCUGAUACCGAUGCUACUGAAAUAUCGACCCCUCAUCUCAGGAGAUCUUAUCAAAGGUCUUGGAUGGAUGAUGCCAGUGGCGAGAUCAGGAAGCAUGUGUGGAGGGGUUUGGAUACAGAUGGUGAUGACACAUGUCUCAGUUCAGCUUACAAGAACUUGCUGACAAGUUUGUCUAGGUUGGAUAAUGACUCUGAAUCAGUUGCACUUGCAUCCUUUAAUUCACCAAUUGAUGUCAGGCUAAGCAAAAGUGUGAGGGAAGCCAUUUCAUUAUCCGGAAAUGUGCCUCUUGGCCCUCCUCCAUUGUGUUCAGUGUGUAAACACAAGGCCCCUGGAUUUGGGAGCCCUCCAAAGUGGUUCGUCUAUGCGGAACUUGAAGCUGCUACAAAAGGGUUUUCAAAGGAGAAUUUCUUGGCUGAAGGUGGGUUUGGCUCGGUUUACCGGGGUGUGUUACAAGAUGGUCGGGUGGUCGCUGUGAAGCAGCAUAAAUCCGUUAGCUCUCAAGGCGACGUUGAGUUCUGCUCGGAGGUAGAGGUUUUGAGCUGUGCACAACAUAGGAAUGUGGUGAUGCUAAUUGGAUUCUGCGUGGAGGGUGGAAGAAGGCUGCUUGUUUAUGAAUAUAUCUGCAAUGGAUCUCUAGAUUCACAUCUCUUUGCAUCGAACAAAGAUCCAUUGACUUGGGCUGCGAGACAAAAAAUUGCAGUUGGAGCAGCAAGAGGGCUAAGAUACCUUCAUGAAGAAUGCAGGGUUGGCUGUAUUGUCCAUCGUGAUAUGAGGCCUAACAACAUCCUUGUCACCCACGACUUUGAACCCAUGGUUGGGGAUUUCGGACUAGCAAGGUGGCAGCCACAGGCAGACCUGGGGGUCAGCACAAGAAUCAUUGGAACAUUUGGUUAUUUGGCGCCAGAGUACGUUCAAAGUGGGAAAAUCACAGAGAAAGCUGAUGUCUAUGCGUUUGGGGUAGUACUAUUGGAGCUGGUCACAGGAAGAAAGGCUAUAGAUGUGGGAAAGCCCAAAGGACAGCAAUGUCUGACCGAAUGGGCACGCCCCUUGCUGGAGAAGAAAGCCACCAUUGAACUGGUUGAUCCGCGGUUGAACAACUGCUAUCUGGAGCCGCAGCUGAGUAACAUGAUGCAGUGUGCCUUGCUGUGCCUCCAGCGCGAUCCUGAUUUCAGGCCCCGAAUGUCUCAGGUACUACGUAUGUUGGAAGGUGAAAUGGUGAUGAACUCGCGCAGCCAAACUUGAAUGUGACCUGAAAAUGAAGGUCAUCGAGAGUGAAUUAAAAGCCAUGGAGCUCUUGAAAGAUAAGGCAUCAUAACAAGGCUAGUUUUUCCUGAAGCAGUGCAGAUUGGUUUGUUAGUUUAGUGGCGGUGACGUUCAUAAGAAGGAAGGGAAGAUGUUCAUCAUCUUCUUCAUUGCAGUGUUGUUUUAUUGUUUGAUUAGCUUGAUUUGAGUUGUCAUGUUGGAACUUUGGAUGUAUAGGGGAGAAGCUUGAUUGUUGAUUAUAGAUGCAUAUAUUCUUAUGAGUUAUGACAUGUUUUGUAUCGCAAUUUCCCACUCGUUUUCCGUUGCAGCCCCUUCUUUGUUUCCAGUUUCUCCUUCUUCAUCUGUCGCCGUCGUUUUCCUGUGAAAGUGUUGGAACUGUCGUGGGAUCAAAUUCAUGGCAACGAGCUGGGUCUAUCGGUACACGGACACGACCUGAGAAUGCAGCAUAAGUAAAGCUUUGGCCAUAUUGUUCAAAAAACAAUGCAAUGAACCAAACUUUUGAGUAAAAUAUGCAAAUGCACUCUAUUCAUGUAUCAAGAGUGACCAACACUGAGAGACUGAGAGUUACCAAAAAUCGCCUCUUGUUAAAUUGCAGAAAGUAAGGAGAAACAGCGGCUGGCGGAAGGUGAACGCGCCGGCGGUUGCUUAAUGAAAAUGGAAAAGGGGUUCAGAUGACUCUUCCUCUUCGCAAACGCUGCCCGCGAAGCAAAGAGCUCAAAGAGAACGAGAGGCGCUUCUGAUGAUGAAGGAGGGGAAUAGUCAAAUUGUACUCUGGCGGUAAAAACUCCCGCCAAAACCCUGAGGACGCUUGAUUUUAGUCAGGUAACACUCAAUUUAUUGGAAAAAAACCCAAAAUACACACGUUUUUUAAAAAAAUUCUUAAAAUACACACGUUUUAUGAAAAAAAAUCUUAGUCUAUACAUGUUUGGGCAUUACCGUGGCCGUCAAUCGCGGUGAAUGCAUUCACCGCUGCAGACUAAAGCGGUGAAUGCAUCACCGCGGUUGACGGCCGCAGUGAAGGUCUGACUGGCCUAAGGCUGAAACUUCAAAUUAACUUAACUUUGCGCUUGUUUAUCCGGCCAUAGCGAAUUUUUUUUUAUUACACAUAACUUUUCAAGAUCUUUCAAUUUUCAACUGGCCUUCAUCCCAAAAAAUGUCGUUUGCUACUCCGAACGAGCAAUUUUUCGAUUUUGCCAAACUUUGGAAGGCCAUAACUUUGUGCUCCUCAAUCCGAAAGUCAUAAAGUUUUUUUUGAUUG